UGUACCUAAAGAGUAUAAUUCACUAUAUGUUGUUAGUAGUGUACUGGAAGACAUUCCCACUACGUACAGCAUUCAAACGAUUUUACCCCUAUGAAUGGAAGUUCUGUUGCUCUCACAUAUUAAAGAACCUUGUAUUAAGCCUACCCAGAUCAAAGAACGUAGACGUUGGAGAUCCGUCAGAUUAUUUCCUGUAUGAUGUCAGUAUGGAGUAAUGUAAUUGAUUUUUAGGGCUUUGAGAUUAAAUAUUGCAUUAGUUGUAAGAAAGUUAACUGCUUGUAUUCGUGAUGUGAUGAAAUCGUUCGAUAUAAUUUCAAAUCUAGUCACUCCGAAUGGAGUGACAGAAUAUCUAUAUUCAGUUUUGCCCAAAGAUAUUCCUGAUGCUGCAGUUGCUCUUGUAAGAUCAUUUAAUACUGUAGAUGAAUUUCAGCUAAAAAUUUUGCGGGUAUCCUUAUGUAUACUUCUUAUAAAUGUGUUUUUUAUUUGGUGUGCGUGGAGAAAAUACGGCGAAAAAAUUACUGAACGUUUUAUGAAACCAGCCUCAAGUAAGAGUUUGGAAGAUUUAAAACGAGAAGCAACUGAACUGAAACUUCCGAAAGAACAUACUCCACGAAUAUAAAUAAUUAUUAAAACAUGAAUCCAAUUAGAGAUUUUUUCAUGAGGAAGAAAGCAGACCAAAACUUUAAAAAAGCUGGUCCUGCCCACAGACUGAAUGAAGCACCAAAGCCUUUACAACCAGGAGAAAAUAUAUCAUCUGCCAGUGGAUUUAAUAAACCGUCUAAUCCCAGGCUAUCCAAAGAAGCUGAACGAGCUGCUGCGGCCGCCUUGGCUCGUAUAGAACAAAAACAACCUGCUAAUGUUAAUUGGUCCUUGCAAGCUACAAAAAUGCAGGCUAGAAAAGAAUUAGAACUUGAAAAUGCUGUGAAAGUAAAAGAAACAACUGGUCCCAAGGAAGUAAUCCAAGAUGCCUGUCCAGCAUUAACUGUAUCUGGUGUUUAUUUUACUUGUCCCAUGAUAGGACCAGAAAUACUACCAAAAAAAGAGAUUGAAAAUAAAAUUAAGGAAUUUUUAUAUGCACAGUUAGAGCAAGAAAGGGGCCUCACAUCUUGUCUAAUAAUUCACACGUUAAACAAAAAUAAAGAAAAGGUUCAUCUUGGCAUUGAAACUCUUGCAAGGUAUCUUACCAAUAUUUUAGAUAAUCCUGAAGAAGAAAAAUAUCGUAGAAUUCGUUUCAAGAAUAAAAUCUUUCAGGAACGAGUUUUACCUUUAGAGGGAGCAUUUGAUUUUUUGGUGUCUGCAGGUUUUAUCCAAGAAACAGUGAAGUCUGGAGAAGAAGAAGAAGAAUAUUUUGUUUUCCCAAAGGAAAAUCUAGAAAAUUUGCAAAUGUUGAAAGAAGCUCUUUUAAGCGCUGAGCCGAUUGUUCCUGUUUUAGAUCGAAAUUUAAAAGUUUUGAAGCCUUCGGUAGUUACUGAGAAAGUCCAACUCCCUAAUGACUUUUUUAAUCUAUCAGCAGAAGAAUUAAAGCGAGAACAAGAAGCAAAAGCAGAAGCUGUUGAGCUUAUGACUCAACUUCGUACUAAGUCUAUGCGGAAGAAAGAUGAAAUAAAAGAGCUUCACGUUUAUAAAUUUACCCUUAUUAGGAUUAGAUUUCCAGAUGGAAUAAUUCUGCAGGGAACAUUCUAUGUUUAUGAAAAAUUAUUAGCAGUGAAGAAUUUCAUUAUGGAAAAUUUAGCUGAACCUCAAAAGCAGUUUAACCUUUUACUUCCUGGUGGGUUUAGAUUAACAGAUGAUGAACAGUCUUUAUUAGAACUGAAAUUAGUUCCAGCUGUUAUACUUAACUUUCAGUGGUUAAAUGAAUCAUCUACACAAAAUGUUUCUUAUUUAAAGCAUGAAACUUUAUCCCUGCUUUCAUAUGAAUUAUGAUAAAUGUAUAACAAAUUAUUCUGUAAAAUAUGUUAUAUAUGUAUACAUUUUUAAAUUUAAUUUUAGGAUUUGAUUUUUUUUUUUUUUUUUUUUUUUUUUUUUUUUUUCUUUUCUGAAAUUCAU